CAUGUAGCACAGAAUUACUUCGGCUGUUUCUUCGCAUUGCCAAUUGUUGUAUCCUCGAUGAGAUGGGGUGUCGCAGCUGGCAGGAAAACCAUGGUGGCAACUGUUGUACUCUUGUUUGUCUUGUCUGGUCCAGUGAAAGCAUUAAAUUAUAUGCUAAUGCAUGGUUUUCUUGGCUUCACAAUGGGUUCGUUAUGGAGGUUGAGAACAAGUUGGGGUGCCUCGAUCUUCUUGUGUGCUCUUGCUCGGGCUGUUGGUGCUCUCGGAUAUGUUAUAUUAUCCUCAUUUUUAAUAGGAGAAAACAUCCUUGCUCUGAUCACGAUAAACAUUCAUGCUUCUCUCUCGUACAUCCUCACAUCCUUAGGCAGUCCGAUACUUCCAUCUAUGAACUUUAUAUACACCUUAUUCGGGACUCUGCUUUUGAUAAACUGUGCAUUUUUCGUGUCCUUGCUGCAUCUUCUCUAUGCCAUUUUUCUUACUAAAUUUGGCAUGAAAGCUAAUUUGAGACUGCCAAGGUGGUUAGCCAUAGCAAUUUAAACAGGCUAAAGAAAGCACUCUCAUUAAAGACGCGAUAGGAAUGGAACUUUGCUCAGAUACUACACCACCGCGGUGGUUAACACAAGGUUAUUUUGAUCAUCAUUUAUUCAAGACUGUCGAUUUGAAUCGACAUCAACUUCAUCUAUCUAUUGCUCAAAACAAUACAAAGUCAGCAACAAGUCCAGUUUACUUGUACAUGAAUUUGAAAUGCGUAUUUGGCCAGUAUCUAAUGCACUGAAAACUCCACCUGGUUGGAGAUGUAAUAUUUUUGUGUAUAAUGCUAUCAAUUUAUCUAAAAAAAAACAUAUAUUAUUUCAGAAA